AUGGCGCCUCUCGUCCCGCGAUUCCACCUCUUUGAGAUUGACGACCAGACUUGGUUCCCCUCUUUCCUCCGAGCCUACGUCCAAGAAGGCCUCCACGCAGCCUGGGUCUACCGCGUCCCCGUCCUCCAAACCUCUUCCCCGGCCCGCGUCGCCGCCCAGAUCCUCCAGCACGUCCUCGGCCCCCGCCUCCCUUCCUACACCUUCAUCGACUUCUGCGCCGGCUCCGGCGGUCCCACCCCGGCCAUCGAGCGCUUCGUCAACCGCCACCUCACCGCCCAGAAGCAGCCCAACGUCGACUUCGUGCUGACGGACCUGCACCCAAACACCGAGUCCUGGGCCCGCGCCGCCGCGCGCAGCGAGCAUAUCGGCUACGAGCCAAAGAGCGUCGACGCCGCGCACGCGCCGCGCGAGCUGGUCGACGGGUAUACCUCCAAGGGCAAAAAGGUGUUUCGGCUGUUUAAUCUGGCGUUCCACCACUUUGACGACCCGCUGGCGAAGGCGAUUUUGAAGAAUACACUCGAGACGUCGGACGGCUUCGCUAUCAUGGAGCUGCAGGGCCGCGACCUCUUGUCCUUCAUCAUGCCCGCGAUCCUCGGUAUCGGCUGCUUCAUCUUCGCGCCGCUCUACGCAUGGAGGCUACGCAGCUUCUCCGUCCUCGUUUUCACCUAUCUCAUUCCGAUUAUUCCGUUUGUGUUGGUGUUUGACGGGUACAUUUCUGCGCUGAGGACGCGGACGCCGGACGAAGUAGAGGCGUUGAUGAAGUCGUGUGGCGGCCGGACUGAAGGGUGGGAGUUUAAGAGCGGUAAGGAGAUAUAUAUGCCACCUGUAGGGUCUGUGAGAUGGAUUGUGGCGGAGAAAAUUUCAUCUAGGGAUUGGUAG